AUGCCAGCCCCCCAAACUUACGACGUGAUCAUCGCUGGAGGCGGAACUGCUGGAUGCAUCGUCGCCGGUCGUUUGGCAGAUGCAGACCCGUCUUUGACCAUCCUAGUGGUUGAGGCAGGUCCCCCCACUCGCAAUGACGUUCUCCACCUCCAACCGUGCAGAUACUUGCACCACCUCCGCCCGGAGAGCACGACCGUCAGGUUCCACACCAGUGCAAAAAGCGACGCCUUGGGUGGUCGCGAGAUGGUCUUCCCGUGCGGACAGUGCAUCGGCGGCGGCUCAAGCGUCAACUUCGCGAUGUACACUCGUGCUGCUGCUGCAGAUUACGACGAGUGGGCCAAAGUACAUGGCAACAGCGGCUGGAGCGCCGCAGAGCUUCUUCCCUUUCUCCGGAAGUGCGAGUCAUACGAGCUCGAAGCAGGCAAAGAGACCCAUGGGUACUCCGGGCCGCUGAAGGUUUCUUCCGGAGGGUUCUAUACCGAGGUCGGGAAGGAGUUCCUCGACGUCGCUGCGGAAUACGACAAGACGCGCGGGCGACUGACGACGUCAACGGGCUCUAUGAAUGCGACAAGUACGGGAGAUGGCAGAAGUCAAUGGAUCAGCGCCGAAACUGGAAAGCGCUCUGACAUCCCUCACCACUACAUCUACAACGCGGAGCAUCCCAACAUCACCUUGCUCGAUGGAUUCCACGUCAAGCGCGUAAUUUUCGAGGGGACCAAAGCAGUCACUACCGCCCGUGCGAAGCGUCUCGUGGUCGUCUCAGCAGGCGCUUUCGGAUCUCCUGGGAUUCUCGAGCGGUCGGGCGUCGGCCAGAAGGCUGUCCUCGACCGAGUUGGCGUUGCGCAGGUGGUCGAUCUCCCGGGGUUGGGGGAGCAGUACCAAGAUCACCAGGUCAUUUUCGUACCGUACGUCGCGGCCCCGGAGAUCCACACCCUUGACGGGGUUGUGACUGGGGACAAACUGGAGAACGACAAGUGGAACAAGGAAUGGGAAGAACAUGGCACUGGGCUCAUCGCGCACAAUGGCAUCGACUCGGGAGUAAAGUUGCGGCCGACGGAGAAGGAUCUGGCUGCAAUUGGCCCCGCCUUCCGCGAGCGUUGGGAAAGCUACUACGCCGCCUCCCCCGGGAAGCCGGUCAUCUGGUUCGGUAAUGCUGCGCUGCAAGUCCACUCCACCUACGAGCUAUACCUGGGCGACAUGAGCAAGUACAAAGGCGGCAAGAACUUCUGCAUCGUGUGGUACCUCCAGCACCCCGUCUCCCUCGGCAGGCUGCACAUCACCUCCGCGUCCGACCCCAGCGCCCCGCUGGACUUCUACGGCGGCUUCCUCGACGAGUGCCCCCGCGGACGUCGCGCUCCACACGUGGGCUACAAGCUCUCACGCGAGUUCGCGCGCCGGAUGCCGUCCUACCGCGGCGAGCUCGUCGGCGCGCACCCCACCGCGGAUGACGACGAGGCGGUGGAGGACUGGGUGCGCGCGACGGUGAUGUCCGCUUGGCACUCGAUGGGGACGUGCGCGAUGAAGCCGCGCGGAAAGGGGGGUCGUGGACUCGCGGUGAAUGUGUACGGGACGGAGGGGCUGAAGGUGGUGGACAUGUCGAUCUGCCCGAGCAACGUCGCCGCGAACACUUACUCGACUGCAAUCGUCAUCGGGAGAAAGCGGCGGCGAUGA